AUGCCGUCCCGGGGCUGCCUCCCGCCCGCGGGUCCUUCUUCCCUGCCUGGACAGCGGCUGCUCCCCCAAAACCGCGCUUCAAGAGGCUGCCGGUCCUUCGAGAGCUCGGCCCCUCAGGCAGCACCGAACGGCCUGUGGAACACGCCAGGCUUUGAAAAUGUUGCAGGUGGUGGAAGAGGUAGACAUCAGGACACUGGUGUGGGCAAAUCAAGUAUUGUGUGGAGAUUUGUAGAAGAUAGCUUUGAUCCCAAUAUCAACCCAACAAUAGGAGCUUCAUUUAUGACCAAGACUGUACAGUAUCAAAAUGAGCUGCAUAAAUUCCUAAUUUGGGAUACAGCUGGACAGGAGCGGUUUCGUGCUUUAGCCCCAAUGUAUUACAGAGGGUCAGCAGCAGCCAUUAUAGUGUACGACAUCACAAAAGAGGAAACUUUCUCAACAUUAAAGAACUGGGUUAAAGAGCUUCGACAGCAUGGACCUCCAAACAUUGUUGUAGCUAUUGCAGGAAAUAAGUGUGAUCUUAAUGAUGUAAGAGAAGUCAUGGAAAAAGAUGCUAAAGACUAUGCAGAUUCCAUUCAUGCAAUAUUUGUAGAGACAAGUGCGAAAAAUGCAAUAAACAUUAAUGAACUCUUUAUAGAAAUUAGUCGCAGAAUUCCAUCAACUGACACCAACCCCCCAUCUAGUGGUAAGGGCUUCAAACUUAGGAGACAGCCAUCAGUGACGAAGCGCAGCUGCUGUUGACUGAUCCCUUAGAAAAUCAGACUUGUUUAUACAGUAGGUGGUCUUGGAAGUUAAUAGUUCAUGUUGGGUUUAUAUUAUCAGUCUUAGAUCUUUAUCUGCUGGUGUUUCAUACACCCAAGGUCCCACAAAAAUGGACCAGUCCAUCUGACAUCUGUACACUUGCAGAAAAUACUGCAAUAGUAAUGUCAGCCUGUUUACUUACAAGAAGUGUAAUCUCUCUUGCAUUCAAAGGGAAUCCAUCAUCGCUUUUUUGGCCUUGCUUGAAAGGAAGGUGACUAUGGAUGGUAGAACUGAAAUGUUUAAUAGUUUUGUAAUCAAGAUUUUAUCGGGGUUUUUUUGUUAAAAGGGAAAUGAGCACUUUUGUGGGACUUAAGGGUGGGAUAAAUCUGGAAGUUAGUUGCUUCCUUUUCUUCAGUGAGCCUUAUUUUAAAUUUAAUGUAGCUUAUCGAAAGUACGAUGAAGCUGUUGAGGUGACGUGGCUACAGAAGAAGCAACUGAAGGCAAAUAAUAGGCAAAUUAGUCCAUCCAGUCUCCAAAUCCCAUUUGCACUUUUUAUUUAAAGAUGAUAUGCGCCAGGGGUGGGGACACAAGCAACAGAACUUAAACCACAGACAAUCUUGUUUUUAAUGCUGACUUUAAUCACUUUAAGGCAGACUGAUAGGCUUAUGCAUCCUUUCAUUCCUACAAGAUUUUUAAUAUUAAGGUGUUGGUUGAAGAAAACCUAGCUGUAGUUGACUAUUAAGUGGUUACUGACUAAAAACAGAUGCUGUAAACAGGUGCUACCAGUGGUUCUGGUAUGACCUAAAAGGUUUUGGGGAAAGCUUUUAAUUGCUUGGCAUGUGUAAAGUGUUCAUAUUGUAUUUAUGAGACCAGUGUUUAAAGUAUUAUAAAUUAUGUAAAAACAGUAAAAAAUAAUGCAGUCUUACACACUCCUUCCAUUCCACACCUAUGGAUAAACUCCUGGGGUAUCUCCAUCAGGUUUUCUCCUGCAUUUUAGGUAUUAGCACUGUGAGUUCAUCCAGAGGCAGACUGAAAUUCUUUCUCUUUCAGCCUCAUUUGAAAGGGCCAAUAGAGAAUGCUGUUGGUGCAGCAUGAGGUCUGUCUGUUGAACAAGCUUUCAUCUGUGGUGCACCCAGUUUUUUCUGUUUUGGGCACAAAAACACAAAUAGGAAGUAACCUUAAGACAUGGUAAUGUAGAUCGUUACCUCUUGGUUCCUGGGCUUUUUUUAUCUGAGGGUUUUU